UAUAAGUUCCAUCUCUUUUUUUAAUGUAAAGUAACUACUUUCACUCGCUUCUUAAUGCCGAUCUUCAUACUGUCUUUAUGCAUUUUGAUGCUUUUGUUUGUAAUUGACACUGCCAAUGGUCGAAUACUAUCACUUACAGUUUCUGAUAAUUUAAUCUCAGAUGGGGUUGAUGCUGUUGGCAUACGACCUCCACUUGUUAACUUUGACGGCUCUUCUCCACAUUUAAGCAGUACCUGUGUGCACACAUACGGAUUCUUUCCAUGUGCAGACAACAUAGGGGGCUAUAUUUUCCAAAUAGUCGUUUAUCAAUACUUGCUGAUAAUUGGAGGGAAACUGAUAACAAAAGGCAGCAAGACUAUCUUCAACAUCAUAGGUACCGGUGUAUAUGGUGCCAGUGUUUUUCGAAUCCUCACAGUCUUGCCAAAAAUGGUGAUGGUCAUUGUAUCCGGAGUUCUUAAGAGCAAAGAGAAUGCUCGAGUUAAGGUUUCAUUUGGAGUAGGUGUUUAUGCUGGAUCCACUGUCUUCAAUCUUACAUUUCUGUGGGGUAUGUGCGUAAUAUUCAGCAGAAAACAGCUGUUUGCAAAGUCGGCUACUGCCACUGGAUCCUCUGUUUCCAACUGUUCGGUGGCCAGAGAAAAACUAGCAGUACUGAAAGACACUGGUGCCACGAUUGAUAAAAAGACAUGCUACACGGCAGGAAUUAUGCUUCUGUCUUUAAUCCCUUACAUUAUAGUGCAACUCACCGAUUUUGUCAACUCAUCCUUUGGGACGCGAAUCGUGAUUUUGAUUGCUCUUGUAGUUUCAACAGCAUUACUAUUAUCAUACUUCUUGUAUCAGAUUUUUGAUCCUUGGAUACAGGAAAGAAGUUUAGAAUACUCUAAGUAUGAGAAUCUGCUGGCAGGAUUUUUACAGCAUGUCCAGAGGCACGCAAAAGAGAAGCUCGUCGAUGAAAAUGGCCAACCUAACAUUCCAGUCAUCAAAGGAUUAUUUCAUCAGACGGAUAAAGAUGAAGACAAGUGCAUAACAUUUCUUGAAUUGGAAAACCUGAUACAUGAGAUUCAGUCUGGGAAGGUGCAGGUGGAGAAAGAUUAUGCUAUUUCUGAAAUAUUGAAGGCUUUCGACCUGAACAACGAUGGAAGAAUAGAAGAACACGAGUUCGUCGAGGGAUGCAAGAAAUGGAUAACUGAAGCUACUCAAUUAGCUGAAAGUGGGGAUUCUAGUGCGAGACAUUUCUUACGAGAGGUUGUUCAGCCACUUUCCAAGAAGAAAAGAACCAAAAUUGCUGAGAUUGAGCAUCUAAUGGCACGAAUUCUAAAGCACGCGCAAAAUCAAGCACUUGAAGCAGAACAUCUUGUGACAGACGAUGGAAGGCCUAAUGUGGAGCGCAUUAAAGCUCUCUUCAAGCAAUUUGACAGAGACAACAGCAAGUCGUUGUCACGGCCUGAACUGGAACAGUUAAUUCAUAACACUGUCAGAUUUGAAGAAUCACCACUGAGUUGUCAGGAAAUGGUGAAGAAGUUCAUCAAAGAUUUUGACACAGACGGCGAUGAUAUCAUCGACGAACAAGAAUUCAUGCAUGGCAUGACCAAAUGGCUUAAUAAAGCCGUGGAUGUUACCAAAUGCAAGGACGCAAAAAAGUCUAUCGAUGAAUUCGACAAGAUGAUGUGGGGAGAGGUUGACGACUUAGUGUACGAAGUUGGACAGAAUGAGAAUACGAAGUUGAAGUUAAUGACAUGGGAAUUCAACAAAUCUACACUUGAAGUGAUAUUAGGCAUUGCAAUAUUGACCUUUCUUUCUGCACCUCUCAUGACUAGCAUUCAACAGUUCUCAGAUGCAAUUGGGGUCCCUUCUUUCUUUAUUUCCUUCGUCAUUGUUCCGGUUGCCAUGAAUGCAAGGUCAGCAAUACUAGCAAUAUUUCCAGCAAGUCAGAAGAGUUCAAGAACUUCUUCUCUGACAUUUUCUGAGAUCUACGGUGGCGUGGUGAUGAACAACAUGAUGGGGUUGUCGACACUUUUAGCAAUUGUAUACAUAAAGGAGUUGGAAUGGGAUUAUUCGGCAGAAGUGUUAACAAUCUUGGUGGUGUGUGGGAUAAUUGGUCUUCUGGCGUAUUCACAAACUACAUAUCCACUCUGGACUUGUGUAUUGGCUUUUUUCCUUUAUCCAUUCUCAUUGGCUAUGUAUUAUGCUCUUCAGUAUAUCCUGGGUUGGGGUUAAUAAUUUUGUAAUUUUAUUAUUAUGGUAAGUCUAGACGUAUUGAAGAGAAUGCAUCAGACACAGAUGUCUGUCGACUCUUUUUUCUUUCACUUAGAGAUUCCUCAGACUCCACUAGUCCAUCAUCAACAUCAUCUGACCGGUCGUGGUACUGAUGGUUUGUAGAGACUCAGUUGUCUGGCCAAGACCAUCAGUUUCCUGGAAGGCCCCAAAUUUGUGGGCUGCAAAAGGAACAAAUUAAAGCAUAAGUUUCUGGAAGGCCCAAAAGCCAUCGGUCUUUUCUUUUCUUUCCUUUUAUAUAUGAAUUCAAAUUAAGCACGUGAUUGCUGAUUAUCAAGUGCACUUAGUGUUGAAAGAAGACAAUAACUGGUUAGGUAGCACGCCAAGUAACAUUAAAUUACUGAGAAAAGUCC